CAGAUGAAGACAGUACCAAGACUUGCAACGUUUGCAUCGACAGUAUCGAGGCGGGCGUCACUCGAAGGACCCUCUGGUGUGGUCAUGUUUUCCACAAUGACUGCAUCAGAACGUGGCUGUUGCGGCCACAGAGAAUCAGGAGCCGCUUCACAGACGGGGCUGAGCUGCAGACCCGCUUGUACGACCCUGCCAACAUGAGCUGUCCUACAUGUCGGAU